AAUCGGAGACUACUAAACAGAUGCUGACUCAGGAUCAUCUCAUUCAGUCAUGGGUCGUCCUGGGAUUCAGAUGUGGACAUGGAAACUGUGUGUCUUCUUGAGCUGGAUGUGCGUGGGCCAAGCAGUGGCAGGACCGCAGUACAUGGUAGCCAUUCCUGCAAUUCUUGAAUCUGGAGCUGAGACCAAAUUCUGUGCGAGUCUCCUGCAGCCCAGCGAGACUCUGGAAAUGAGCGUCACUCUGAUGUCCAAAGAGGCGAAUACAACCCUUCUGAAGAAGACGUCCUGUAAAGGAUUUCAUACCUGCACUGAAUUUAAGGUUCCUUUAGUGCAGGGUGAAGUGGUGCAGAACUUUGUGGUGGAGGUACGAGGCAACACUUUCUACUCUAAAGAAGUCCGAAAAGUUAAGAUCAAAGUCUAUCGACCAAUGACAUUCAUCCAAACAGAUAAACCAAUCUACCUCCCAGGACAAACGGUGCAAUUCAGAGUCAUCACACUGGAUACCAAGUUAAGACCUGUCAAUCAGCUGUACGAUAUAAUUGAAAUUGAGGAUUCUAACAGCAACAGGAUUGGACAGUGGUUGAAUGAAACAUCCAAUAGGAAGAUAUUGCAGCUUUCUUACCCCUUGAACUCUGAGGCUCGUGAAGGAGCCUACCGAUUUACUUUGUCGAUUGGGUCAGAUAAAAUACAACACAGCUUCAAGGUGGAAAAAUACGUUUUGCCUAAAUUUGACGUAAAAAUAAAUGCAUUUGAUAAAGUAAGUAUUAAUCAGGAAGAAAUCAAAGCUGAAGUAUGUGCAACGUAUACAUACGGACAGCCUGUGCCAGGCAGUGUUGACUUUAAGGUGUGCCGACCUUUAGAUGCCUAUUAUCGUAUACCCCUUGUAAUCACCCCUGAACAUCCAGAGGGAAUCCCUGAAAUCCCGAUGCCUUGCUACGAGGUGACAAAGCAGACGGACAAGAGAGGCUGUGCCACUUUUAUCUUCACAAUGUCAACUUUCACAAAAAUUGCGCAAAAGGUGCUACACGAUGUACUGCAAAUCAGUGCAAAUAUGGAAGAGGAGGGGACAGGUAUUUCACGCUCACAGGAGAAGACUACGGUGAUUUCAUAUGUUGUUGGAAAGCUGUCUUUCACUGACAUUCCCAAGAUUUAUAACAAAGGAUCAAAUGUGGAAGGAAAAGUUAAAGCAGUUUAUUACAAUAAUAUACCCAUUCCUGACAUGCCGGUGUUCCUGUUUGAGGGGGAAAUGUGGUCAUCGCGUUGGUUACAGAAUCUCACAACCGACAGUGAUGGUGUCGCCACUUUCUCAUUAAGCACAGCUGACUUUAAAUGGGACAUCCACUUACAAGUUAGCGACACACCGACACUGGGCUACCCUUCUUACAGAACACCAUACUAUGAGUCUAAGGAUCACAGAGUGUCUUUGGCCACACCUUCUUCUCCUGAUACUAAAACAGUCAGCUCCCUGGAUGUGAAGAAGAAGGAUGAACCACUUUCCUGUGACAAGAAAAAAGACAUCUUCAUCCAAUACACCGUAGUUGGAGAGGCCCAGGGCUUUAUGGAUGUGAUGUAUCUGGUCUUAUCAAGAGGAGCCAUUGUUUUACAAGGAGUUGAACGGGUCGAAGUCAAAGAUAAAUUGGUGAAUGAGGGCGAGGUGUCCUUUAAGCUGACAGUGUCUCCAGACAUGGCACCAGACGUCCAGGUUGUGGCUUACGCCAUCCUCCCCAGUGAGACUGUGAUCGCCAACAGCGCUGACUUCUCUACUGAGCAAUGCUUCAGUCACAAGGUGUCUCUGGAGUUUUCUCCGUCCUCGGCUGUCCCAGGAGAGGAGACCAUCAUGCAGGUUACCGCCCAGCCAGAAUCUCUGUGUGGUGUGAGCGCUGUUGACCAGAGCGUCCUCAUCAAGGAGCCAGGGAAGACUCUGGAUGCAGACAAGAUAUUUCAAUUGUUGCCGGUCACAAAAAUGUCCUAUAUUCCAUAUGACGUUCAAGAUGAUGUAGAAUGUUUGCAUGUGAGACCGAGAACAGAUGUUUUGCCAUAACCCCAUGGUGGUGGGACAGCUGAUACUUAUACAGUUUUCCAGAAUGUAGGGAUGAAGAUGGCAACAAACAUGGAUAUCCGAGAGCCUUCAUGCCUCAAAUACAAAGGAAGAGAAUACCACCAUGGCUAUGGUGGCUAUGGUGGCUAUGGUGGCUAUGGUGACUAUGGUGACUAUGCCAUAAGGAAAGAAGUCAUGACAGUCCGCACUUUCUUCCCUGAGACCUGGAUAUGGGACCUGGUGGAAGUUGGAGAGUCUGGAACGAAGGAUGUGUCCCUCACUGUCCCAGACACCAUCACCACCUGGGAGACGGAGGCUUUCUGUCUGUCCCCUCAGGGUUUCGGCUUGGCUCCACGUAAAAACAUCACAGUCUUCCAACCCUUCUUCCUGGAGCUCAGCCUGCCCUACUCCAUCAUCCGGGGGGAGCACUUUGAACUGAAGGCCACCACCUUCAACUACCUGACCAGCUGCAUCAUGGUCACUGUGACUCCAACCCCCUCCUUAGAUUACACCCUCACCCCCCUCUCUGGUGACCAGUACACAUCCUGUCUGUGUGGCAGUGAGCGCAAGACCCUCAGCUGGACCAUGGCCCCCUCAGCCUUAGGAGUUGUAAAUGUGUCAGUGAGAGCUGAGGCCGUGACAUCCCAAAUUUCAUGUGACAAUGAGGUUGUGAGCGUGCCUGAAAGGGGACGAAUUGACGUGGUCACACGACCUCUCAUAGUAAAGGCUGAGGGAACUGAGAUGACAAAGACCUACAACUGGCUGCUCUGCCCAAAAGGGGAAGCUUUGACAGAGGAAAUGGACAUACAACUCCCUGAGAACGUGGUUGAUGGAUCUGCCCGUGCUUCACUAUCAGUCCUUGGUGACAUUCUGGGCCGGGCUCUGAAGAACCUGGAUGGGCUGCUGCAGAUGCCGUAUGGAUGUGGUGAGCAGAACAUGGCGCUCCUUGCCCCAAAUAUCUAUAUCCUCGAGUACCUGAGAAACACACAGCAGCUGACCCCAGCCAUCAGGGAAAAGGCUACCAACUUCCUGACCAGUGGCUACCAGAGACAGCUGAACUACAAACAUGAGGACGGUGCUUACAGCACAUUUGGAGCAGGACCAGGGAACACUUGGCUGACUGCAUUUGUGUUGAGAUCGUUUGCCAAAGCUCAGUCUUUCAUCUACAUUGACCCAGCGAACAUUGAAGCGUCCGUGACCUGGCUGAAAAGUAAACAACGAAAAAAUGGCUGUUUCGAACAGUCAGGAAAGCUCUUCCACAACAUAAUGAAGGGUGGUGUGUCUGAUGAAGUUACUCUCAGUGCCUACAUCACUGCUGCCUUCUUGGAGAUGCAUUCUUCCAUAGAUGAUCCUGUGAAGCAGAGCUUGUCUUGCCUCAAGGAGUCCAUCAGUGACCUCAGCAACACCUACACCACAGCUCUGCUGGCGUACGUCUUCACCCUGGCAGGAGACAUGGAGACCCGUGCUCACCUACUGAAUCACCUAGACACUGUUGCAUUACAAGAAGGAGGGUUCCUCCACUGGUCUCAGACAGCAACAGAAACGUCAGCCUCUCUGUCUGUGGAGAUCAGCUCCUAUGUGCUGCUGGCUAAACUCAGUGCCUCUCCGACUGUUGAAGACCUGGGCUACGCCAGCCGCAUCGUUAGAUGGCUGACUAGCCAGCAGAACUAUUAUGGAGGAUUCUCCUCCACACAGGACACCGUGGUGGCUCUUCAGGCUCUGGCUCUCUACUCCACUCUGGUGUUCAGUCCAGAGGGUUCAAGCACAGUGACGGUCCAGUCUCCCAGUGGCCAGCUGAUGUUUGAUGUGAAUCAGAACAACAAACUGCUCUACCAGGAGAAGCAGCUGCAGGACGUGACAGGAAAGUACAGCCUGGAGGUGAAGGGCACUGCAUGUGCUGCAGUACAGAUUUCUCUUGUCUAUAACAUCCCAACUCCUGCUGAUGUUACCACUCUCAGUGUUGAGGUCAAACCAGAGGCCGACUGCACCAGCAAAAGACCCAAACUCAGUCUGAGCCUAACAUCCCUAUAUAGUGGAAAGGAGUCCAGCACAAACAUGGUUAUCCUGGAUAUCAAAAUGCUCUCUGGAUUUGUCCCAGACCCAGAGUCUUUGAACAUGCUCAAAGGUGCCCUGCUGGUGGAUCGUGUUGAACAAAAGGAGGAUCAUGUUCUGGUGUACAUACGGGAGUUACCGAAGGACAUAGGCAUCAACCACAGCCUGAAGCUCAUACAGGAGCACCAAGUGCAGAACCUGAAGCCAGCCGUGGUCAAGAUCUACGACUACUACCAGCCAAGUGACCAGUCUGAUACAGAAUACAUCCACCCUUGUGUUGCAGCUUGAAGAGCGUGUGGUCGGUCCUCCAGUCGUCCAGAAGAUGCAUAUUAUGUACGAACACCAUGUCUGUUUGUAUUUCCUUGUUAGUAUUCUGCUACAACCCCUUACAGCUGUGUAACUACGGUGUCUGAAGUGAAAUACAUGCAUAAUGGACAAUUAAAUAAUGUGACAUUAAUGUCCCGCUUGAAA